UGCAUUAAAUUAAUGGCAAACUUACAGUUAACUCAGGAAAAACUCGAUGCCCUGCGCUCAGAGUACAGACCACGCAGGCCGUGCGCCCAGCUGAAGUACCCGAGGCCGAAAACAAAACCGGAAUACCAAGCGAUAUACCCAUGGCUCCUGCCGGACGAGACGGAUCCACAUUUUGUCUUCUGCGCGGUCUGCGAGUGUCGAUUGAGCUGCAAGCGCUCCGACCUGGGCAAGCACGAGGGCAGCAUCAAGCACUCGGAAAAUGCACAGCGAAAGUCCUUGGUUCCAAAGAUCGAGGAAGAUGCAGUGGCGGCGUCCGGAAUUAUGAAGUGGGAGUACACAGACGAGCAAGAUGGAGGCCUGAUGCUGUAUAGAGCAGCCCAUGAAAAAAAAGAGCACGAUGAUGAAGACGGCGACGAUGAGGCUGAUGGGGAUGGGGAUGCCGAUGCGGAAGUCGACGAUGACGACACUGACCCAAAUGGAGAGGGCGAGGCAGAUGCAGAUGCGGAUGUGGAUGCCCAGAACGAUAACGAUAAUGAGACCGAACCAGCUUCCAAACAACAGCGCCGCAUAUCCGAAAGCGAUUCGCAACAUUCCGGCAUGCUGGACUAUUUACCUCUGCACGUGACCAUCAACGAGCUGCCCAGUCAGUUGCUGCCCGGCACUCCAUUCCCUUCAGCAGCCACGGUGCCGCAGCCAUGCCGCAUCACCAUCAAGAAGGUGUCGGCGCCCGUGGCUCAGAUGGCCGCACCCAGUACGCCACCAAACGUUGCGCAGUCUAAUGAAAUUACGUCCAAGGCUACCAUCACGCCCUUAGCAGCCUCCGGCAGCUGCUAUACGCCUUCCACGCGUCUGCCGCAAUCAUACGCCUCCCGGCAGCUCCAGUCAUACCAGCUGCAGCACCUCUCCCCCAUCGCCCCGCCACGCGACUCCCUGGAGCUGUUCUUUGACAGCAUUUGCUCCACCGUCAAGUCGCUACCGCCAAAGCUAGCUACCGAGGGCAAGAUCCGUGUCAUGCAGCUUAUCGGAGAGCUGGAGCUACGCGCCCUCAGCGACCAGGACUGCCCGCUGGCCACUCAACCUAGUCUCGAUCUCGCCACUUGCGCACCGCCUACCCCAGAUACGCCUGGCAGCAGCCAGCAGAAUGCAACGGUGGCAUCCACGACAAAGUAGCUCGCAGCAUGCGGCCCACUCAACCCAUGGAAUCAGUUCAAAGCAGGCUCAAGUUGCUCUCGUUAGUACAGUAGACUUUGAUAAAGUAGAGUUUCUGGUGCUUGCAUCAGUUUUUAUAAGUUUGUUAAUCGAUUUUCAUUAAUAAAUUUACUUAUUAAUUGUUAUAGUAA